AUGCGGAAUUUCUGUAUCCGCAUAGUUCCACUGCCAAUGUGUCCCAUCCGAGUAAGGGUUUUCCCAUUUUAUUUACCCGUCUACUCACCACAUUCGGAGAACGAUGCGCCCGCCGCCGAGGCUUCCUGCAUCAAGACUGCGACACAAAUAGCUCCUCCACAAAGUUGGAGUGCGCUUACCUGUACGUCAGCAGAUGGACCUGACCGGGCGGCGCUACGAAGAAGCAACUCCCGCGUGUCGUCCGGUUACCCCGGGUCCUCAUAUCUACUGAAGAGCCGGAUCAAGGCAAUCUCGCAGACUUGCUGCCUGUUAGACAUCAUGGCGAAAGCAUCCGUACCCGUCGACUUCACCAAACAGUACGACAUCUCGACCCUGAGAGGGAGAACGGCUCUAGUCACCGGAGGCGCAAGUGGAAUCGGCGCUGGGACCGUCAAAGCCCUGGCUGAAGCAGGCGCUUAUGUGGUCAUUGCUGAUAUCAAUCAAGAGGCCGGCGAAAAGUACUCUUCGGAGCUGGACGCCACAGGCUGCAAGACCCUGUUCGUCCAGACUGAUGUGACGAACUGGACUUCACAGGUGGCCGCGUUCAAGAGAGCCCAGGAAUUUUCUCCAAAUAAUGUAGUUGACAUUGUUAUUGGCGGAGCGGGAAUCGCUGGCCCACCAAUGACCCAAGCUGUUUAG